AUGCGCGCUUCGAUUAUUACCCUCACCGUCUUGUCCCUGGUUCUUCACGUUGCUGCAUCUGCAGCCAAACCCCCGGUCCUCCCAGAUCUGCUCUAUUUUGGUACUCAGCGCGACAUGAAGACCAUACAUUCUGACGGAGGCCUUCUCCCAGGGGAUGUCCUGGCAGGCCACGCUAGGUAUCUUUACCUCAUGUUCCGGGACGAACCUGAAUUCAAGCUCUCUACGGUGCUGGCCGCAAGGGAUGGUCAUACGUACACCGUCAUGACGAGGAAUUGGACAAGCAGUUUUAAACCUCUGGAUGACGAGGGGAGAAGUUGGGAAGCGACGGAGAAAAUCCCUUUUCUGGCAGUUGUGGGACGGGAGGAAUUCAGAAAGGGCCACAUACCUAUUUACUAUGAUAUCUUUGAUUGGCAGUGGGACCAGAAUGAGAACAAGGCCGCCUAG